AUGGACUGUUUAGCGCAGCCGUUACUGGCCCUUCAAAAGAGUCACUUCUUGGCGUCCGCAAACCGCAUUGAAGAUGCCAAAAUCCAGUGCAAACUGACCAUCCUGACGGUCACUACCUUGCUACGAGACAAAGACCAUAAUCAGAUCGACCAGAUCAAGGAGUUGGCACGGUACACCGCCGACUAUUACGAAAAGCUUUAUAAGGAGAAACAGUCUCCACUCCUGGUGAGCGAGAGGAUGUUAUGGUUGGCCUCGAAAGUUCAUGGAUAUAAGUGGUUUCCGGUGCUCACUAUGGGUAACAUCACGUCGAUGGAUAUAGCGCCGUUGGACGCCACUGAAACAGAACUCAAAACGCCUGAUAUGGGCAAAGACUUUCAGGUUGAAUUCAAAGACACUUUUCUGGACUGGUCCACACGGGGCGUGGGAGACUUGUACCAGGACUUACUUCCGAAUUGUUCUUUCGUGCUGUCUUUACUCCUGUUGGUGGAUAUGGGCAUGGAGUCACAUUUGCGAUCACUUGUACGUAAUUAUGACCAGCAAGUCAAGGUGAGCUUACGCUUCAACGGAGCCAUACGGGAAGUUGCACUAACUCUGGUACUACCCCACAUAUUACCACCUUACCAGCAUCGAUGCCUCUAUGUUCGAUCGACCACCAAUGCAGAGCUACGGUGGCCCGCAUAUAUAGAGAAAGCCUUUCUUAUUUGCCUGGGCCAACAUUACGCUUUCAAUGGAUCCAAUAUGGCCCAAGAUACCUAUAUGCUUACCGGAUGGUAUCCAGAGGUACGGAAGAUCAGCGAAGCGAGCAAGAAUGAAUUUAUAGAGCUUUGGAAAUUGAAGGAGAAGGGUGAAGUAACGUUAGGAAUAGGUACUGGUCGCAUGUCUUAUACGCUUGCAUCGCAGUUGGGGGUCAUUUCUACUCAUGACUAUGUUAUCAUUGAAUUCAACGAAGAGACGUCUACAAUGACACUUAAGAACCCGUGGAUUCAACAGAAUUCCUCUGAUAAAGCGGCUGAUCGAAUGCUUGAAGUGGGGAUUUCACUUGCCGGCCAAUUCACCUAUCUUUACGUGAACUGGAAACCAAAAUACAAAUAUUCACAAUCGAUCACCAUGUUUCUUUCUCCAUCGAAGUGGUCCACAUCGUACUUGGGGGAUCGGCCACAGUACUCAUUUACCAACACCACACAAGAAGUACAGAAGGUGGCGAUUUUGGUGGAGCAAUUUAUUGACGACUCUCCUCAACUACCAUUCUGCGUGUCAGUGUUCGAAGCUUGCCACAAGAUCUAUUCGGAGAGUCAGUAUCCCCUCGUUGCGGGAGGAGAAUUCACCAACUCUCGAAUUGAGUUUUUCACCUUCACAGCGCAACCUGGUUCCACAUAUUGUGUUGUUGUUAGGGGACAAGGCACGUUUCCACUGACAUUCUCAUUGCAUGUGUCCCAGGACUUUGCUGAUUUCAGGCUCACGAAGCCAAUACCUAUGUACCCUCACAUUGAAAAAGAAAUUGUUGGAAGCUGGGAGUUUGGAUCUAAUGGAGGCAACUGGAGUCUCGAGUCAUUUGUUGACAAUCCCCAGUACGAUUUGAGAAUCGACUCAGUUACCGAUAUGUUAAUUAUUCUCAAAUCAGCUACCAAUGCGUACAUUAAUUUUCACCUUCUACAUUGUGAUGAGGCUCAAGUUGGUAAAUCACUCCGCAACUUCGACAAGUCGAAGAUUCUAUUUGAUUUCAAGUACGAGAACCAACUCCAAGUGCAAAAGGUUAAGCAUAUUGAGCCCGGCAACUAUCGUCUAGUGAUUUCUGCAUUUACGCCCGACGACAAGGGGGAUUUCGAACUUUUGGUCUAUAACAGUGGUAUACAAGCCUUACACUUAGAGAAGACACCCGGGGCCCUUGGAACGUUCAUGCAAAAGACCCAGUUCGAGUGGAACUUCUCCAAUCGACGGAAGCUAUUUGUCUGUGCUGAGCGGAACCAAACAGAAGUCACUUUCCGUUUCUGCUGCAACAAUGAAGGCACGUCGCCAUCUGCUUAUCGACCAGCACUUCGGGCUUCCAUUUUCGACUCAUCCAAUGGAGAAGGAGUGGUGGUGACCAACCAGUGGAACGACUGCAUCUAUGGGGUGUAUUUAGAUUGCACGCUUCCAAAAGCAGCAAAUGACUACAUAUUGCUAGUGGAGCGAUUUGAGACGGGAAGUGGCGUUUGCCGAGUUACGGUGGGCAGCAGUGGACGAGUGACAAUUACUGGAGAAUUGUGA